UCUAUUGAGUGACGCUAUAAAUUCUACUGUAAGGUCCAAGGACCGACGGACUGCGUUUGUUUACGUGUGUAUUUGUUAUUUCUACGCACAAAAUAGUCUAAGGGAUUUCGCGAGGUGUAAAUAUAUGCGAGACGUGGUUGCAAUAGAAAUAACUGCUGGAAUAAUAGAGAAACGAAUUCAAGUUCUACAGAGUUUCAGUCAGAUAGGCCUAGGCCUAACGCUGUCCAAUCUCAAGUCUGAUAACCCGGAAAAAAAAUGCGAGACUUUGCCUUAGUCUCUUCAAAACAACAGAAUAUAGGCCUUUUUUUACACGGAGCUCUACAUCAAGAUUCAGCCCUUCGACAGAUGAGAUGACAGACAAGGACAUUCCUAAAGUCCGGUGCCCUGAGCUGUAGUGAUGCAGAUUACCUAGCAGCUUGGCCCAUAAUUUAGUACUACGUUACUAUGAGCUUAUAGGCUAGAAAUUAUGGUGGUGCUGUUCCCUCCAACGGAAGACCUUCCACACGAUGCAGCCUAAACCCACCAUCCAGUCCUGGAGUCCUUGGAGGAAAGGCUGGCCACGAUUACUAUGGAGUAUGUGCGUCUCCUUGUACAUUCUUGGUCUAAGCGUCGCAUGCAUAGCUCUCGUUUUGGUGAGGCCAAUAACAGCGGCCGGGUCCCUUGCCUCAGACACCUACACCAUCUCCGGACCAUUGUAUCAAGGGAAUGUUUUCAGCGGGGCUACGAAAGGAGAUCGCCUCAAAACAAUCAGGUUGAACCAAGGCAGAGAUGGUGCAGUUCAACAUCAGGCCAUGACCUGCACAAGAGCCUGUCACCAGACUCCAGGAUGCCAUACAUUUGUUAUCAGGGGAGAUGAGUGUUACUUGACCUCAUUUGAUGCCUGUAAAAAUGCUGGGAGAAGAUUUCUUCUGGAAUGGGAAGGGGCAACCACUUAUGAAUUAAGGGCUGGAAGUGAUGACGACCUACAUCAAACAUGUUUGGCCCAGUGUCUUGAGACCCAGGGUUGUGGAGGAUGUGGCCGGCCCCUGUGCAAUGGUACUUUUUGUGAUAAUUGUCCAUCCACCUGCUGGGAUAUUUAUGUCCCAAAAGUAGGCUAUACUAUUAUUUAUCCCACUUUGAGUAUAGUGAAAAAAGUGAAAUGUGAUGGAAAAUGGCAGCGGUGGUGGAAAAACGGUCGAACAAGUUUAUACCAUUCCUUGGUCAGGAAAAGGCUUAUACUCCGUGUUGUAAUUCAUUAUAAAACAGGUAUUACAUUGGAGUCAGAAUUCGAAAAUUUUAAAUACAAAAAUAACACCAUUUCUGUAGGAAAAUUUCUCAAUGGCACGGCAGGAAAUGGAUGGAAUGCUCCUUUUGAUAUGAGGCUUGCAUCAACACCCCCAGAUUCAAGCUGUCGCAAGUUCUUCUAUUCAAAAGGAGCUUGCAAAGGAAAUGGUGUGGCAUCAUACCACACCCAACAAGCAGCAAACAGCACUAAAAUACAGUAUGGUUAUUCAUGGAAAACAGGAGAUAGAAAAGUUGAUGACAUUUACAUAAUUUCAAUAGAACUCUGGAUCACACCACAAGAGUCUUAGUGUGCUAAUGUUACUCACAGUAGAAUGAUUGAUUGGUGCAUCUUUGGAUACUUGUUUCUCAACAACUAGGGCCUUAGUCAAAAGCUAGUUCAGUCACCGACACUUGGGACAAGGUAUUUAACUAGUGGGGGUGAGUAAGUAAAUAGUAGCCACCUUUUCUUUGGCUGCAUUCCUGUUCAGAUGUAAUGGUUGCUCAUCAUGGGUGUUGAAGUUUUUGUAAAGAUUUCCUUGAUUGAAUGGUUGACAACUUUGGCUUGUAUAAUUCUGAUUUUGAGUGAUUGUGGUUAGAAUGAUGGUGCCUGAUAAUUCUGAAAGAAUGACCAGUGUAAACAUCCAGGGUGCUAGAUUCCUAUUGCCUGUACCUUUUGAUCCUUACCUUUUUUGUGCUGGUUACAGAGGUGAAGAGGAUAUACUGCCUGACUGGGUCAAGUGUGUGUCCAGCACAGGAGUCAAGGAGGAAGUCAUCAAAGAAAGUCCUCCUGCCUUUGAGACAGUGUCCACCCAUUAUUCCCUUGCUCAAUCUUAUGAAGGUAUCAUGGACCAGGUGGCAGUCCACUGGAACUUUCUCUGACCAAUGCUGUGGCUUGUAUUUUGUCAGUUUCUUCUACCCAUAUCAUUCCCAUUUCAGUUUCUGCUUCUACCUCUGGAAUGUUGAUCGAGCAAUCACCUGAGACAAAGGUGCUGUGGCCUCUUUGGCAUCCCAGGAGAUCCAUUCAUAUAUACCUUCCAAGAACACUUCAUUUCUGCUGAAAGUAUUACUAGGAUGUUUGGACAUCCCCUACAGGUGGGUGUGCACAGACUGACAAAUGCCCUUGUUUUAGAAUGGUUCCAAGGAGGAAGCAUAUUCCAAAGGUUCUUAGUGUCAGCCAGGAGGAAGCCAAUUCCUAAGGUUCUUAUUGCCAACCAGGAGGAAGCAAAUUUCUGACGUUUGAGUUGAAGCAAGGAUAUUGAAUUGACUCUUCCACCAGUUUGAGUUGAAGGAAAGAUACUGAACCGACUGUUCCACCAAUUGGCUAAUCUAUGGUUAAUCUGGUCCUGUGUUCAUAUCUCCUUCUGAAGGUAGGUUAUGAUCAAGAUCAGUUUAGGCUCUCAGAGUGGACAGUGACUUGAGGGGGCCAUGCAGCUCCCAAACCUUCUUGGCAGAUGUAAAUGCCAGGAGGAAUGCUAUAUUCAGGUUGAGGGUGUGGCCUAACAGGAUCUGUCACUUCUUGGCUAGCAGGGAGGUAUGAGAGGAAGUCAAGAGAGAUGUCCAUUAGUUUGGCUAUCCCUUUCCUGUGAGGAGAAUGCUCUCACCAGUUUCAUGCCAAGUCUCAACCCAGGUACUUUGUAGACAGAUGCCUCUGGAAUGUGACCAGGAGACCAAUUGAUAAAUUCUUGUGAACACUUGGAGUGCUGUUGCCAAGAUGCAGAAAGGUUUGAACUGGUACUUCUGAGUUGGGAAUGUGGAGACAGGUAUCCUACAGGUCCAUUGAGGUAAUGAAAUUGCCCUCUCUCUUGGACAUCAGGAAUGACUGGGGCAUCUCCAUGGAGAAGGGCUUCUGUUCCAGGAUGUCAUUCAGGGCCAACAGGUCUAUUACUGUGUACCAUCCCACAGAUGCUUUCUCCAUGAGAAGGAGAUACUGUAAAAUCUAGGGGAGUUGUCUAACACAACCUCUGCCUACAGCAUCACUUCAACUGCCUUUGGCAAGGCUCUCCUCUUUAGUAAGUUUGGUCUGUAGGAUGGGAAUGGGACGGGUUGUGGGGGGCCAGUGGUGUUCUUGCAGGGCAGAAGGGCAGCCUGUACACCUGCUGCAAGACAGUCAAUGUAAUUCCUCUGCACUGUAUUGCUGCCCCACUGUCCACUUGCUGGUCACAACCCCUCCCCCCUUUGUGGCAGCUUUAGGUGGGGAGGUCGUCUUGUCACUGUGAUCCUCCUCUUAUCUGGUCUGCUUCCUAAUCUGUGGGCAUGCUGAGAUGAUCAAAAGGACUGAAAGGCCACAUCUCUGUUGGGGCCUCUGCUGAAGCUCUGUUGCCUAUACCUAGGCCUUGGGGUGAUGCCUUCAGCUCAAGUUGUGCUGCCUCCCCAGUUGAGUAGCUAUGAUGGCACUUAGCCCUGGUUGGCAGGUGACUUGAGAGGAGGAGGUGGCUAGGAGAAUCGAGUGUCACUCAACUCUUUUCUUCUGACUUAUAUGGCUUUCUGUAGCCUCUUCGGUGGUAUCCUACCCUUUCACUCACCUGCUGCUCAUUAUCCACUGUAUUAUGAAACUUCCACAACUGAACUAGAUUUUGCCAACAGUACAUCCAUUUCAUAAGUCCAAAUUUUACUAGGAAAAAUGCAAAAUAUCUUGAAUUUGCAAUAUUUAGGCUAAGUACAUGUUUCAUAAUUUUUUCUUCAGUCAUUUAGCAGCCACAUGAAAUGCAUAUGUAUAUUUGUUUAUUCUUAUUGCUUUUUACCAUGCUUAGUCACUGCAUUCACAUUUAAGUCAAAUUUUGCAGGACUACCAUACAACAUAAAUUAAGCCAACACUGUUAUGUAAUAUGUCAAACUAAUUCU